GCGUGCGCGGACCCGCCAACGGUUGCUGGCGCCGAAGGUCCGGCGUCGUAACGGGCGGGGAAGAGUGAGCCUGAGGGAGCGGGCGGCAAGAACCCCGCCUCCGCGCACCGGCCGGAGCCUCCUUCGAAGUUGAAUUGAUUCACAGGCAACACUUGCAAAGAGGAUGGCGGAAGCUGAAAUGACAUUUUAUAACUUGACUGCAGAACUUCUCAGUGGUGAAAUCUUCCAUUUCUCCAAACUCAAAGGAAAGGUGGUGUUAAUUGAAAAUGUUGCAUCCCUAUGAGGCACAACUACCAGGGAUUACCAGCAGAUGAAUGAGCUCCAGAGCCGCUAUGGCAGCCGGGGGUUUGUAGUUCUGGGUUUUCCCUGCAAUCAGUUUGGUUACCAGGAAAAUAUCUACAAUGAGGAGAUUCUUAAUUCCUUGAAAUAUGUCCGUCCUGGCAAUGGUUUUAAGCCAAAUUUUUCUUUAUCUAAAAAGAUUGAUGUGAAUGGAGAAGAUGAGAAUCCAGUCUUCACUUUUCUGAAACGUAAGUUGCCUGAAGCCCAUGAUGAUCCUGAAACCUUAAUGGUUGAUCCCAAGUUCAUAAUAUGGAGGCCAGUCUGUCGUUCUGAUAUAGGCUGGAAUUUUGAGAAAUUCCUUAUUGGGCCAGAUGGUGAGCCAUUUAGGCGAUACAGCAAGAAUUUCCUCACUAUUGACAUUGAAGAAGACAUUAGAGCUCUUUUACAAAGUAAUAAAAGACCAUGUGAUAAAACCACUGAUGCAGAAGUUGAGUAAAGUUUGUAGUAGUUUUCAUUGUUGGGCAUAAUAUUUUGUUGUGUUUUGUAUAAAGAUUAGCCAAAAGUAUGUAAACUGUAAAAUAUAGUAAUCACCACACUUAAGGAUAAUUAUAUUUACUAGAUUAUAGUGCUAAUCUAAUAGUUCUGCUCUCUCUGUUUAGAAUUUCUUUGUAAAUGUAAAAUACACAUUUAUAAUUUUCUCAGUUAGCAAGAUCCUAAUUUCUCUGCUGAAUGAGCCAAACUAGUUUUGGAUGUUAGACAUUUUACUAUAUGAUGGUGCUUUUUCAAAGGUCUACUGAAAAGUACUUAAUGUAGCAUGUAAAAAGUCUAACUGGACAUAGAAGUUAACUUGUA